AUGUCUGUUCCAAACGUAUUCAUUUCAUGCUGUCUAAUGACAGUUUUGUUGUCCCUCAUUCUCAUGAUGAGUGUCAGUGCUGAACAACCAAGUCUCAAUAUUCGAGGUUCGACUCCAAUUAUCUCGGCACCACAAACAUCUACACUCAAACAACUAUUUUCACAAUAUUGGUCUCCAAUUAACCCAAAUAGUCAACCACGUUCAGAGGAUAUGAAAGGAUUUGAAUUUGUGUUGACAGAGAGAACUGGCCAAAGAAAGAGUUAUAAGGGUGUUUUGCAAAUCCAUGCAAGUAAUACUCCACAAUGGGUUCAAGCAGAUGUAUACGAUGGUCAACUCACUUAUCAUUUGAAUAUCAUGAGAAACGCUGCUACCUUUAAGGUCAUUCAACACACUUCCAAGUUUUGUUUCACUUUGAACUUUAUUCCAAGAAACAAUUCAUUGCUCUCAAAAGUGGCUCAAUUUGCCACUUCAUUGCUUGAAGGUCAACAAACCACUUAUCGAUUCUCUCCAAAUUCAAUCAAGUAUGAUGCAUUGGUGAAUCAAGUUUGCAACAAUUCCUCAUUGAAGAUGGAUGCUUUCAUUUUGGGAGAUGAUGGUUUUGUCUCGUGUGCUCCUGCUGUCUCUUCAACCUCUGUUUCUGUCAAUCCUCAAAUCUUUAUCACAAGAAACGUCUUGAUUCGAGUGACCAAACAAAUUUCAGGGAAAUUCAAACAAUUGGCAAAGAGGUGUUUGUCGUUGGACAUAUUUGAUAGACAACUUGCAGCCACCUUGGGCGACAGAUACUUUGCUGAAUUAUUACAAGAUACAUUUGAUAACAGACAAAGUCUUACAUCAUCCUUGUUGAGACCAACCUUUUGGUUUGAAACAAGCACUGAAGCUUGCUCUCUUCCAUACAUGGCAGAUCCAUCCAAGUGCAAUAGUUUGAACACUCCAACUGGAUCCAAAGUUUGUAUCUUCAUUCAUGGUGCAGGUGGUAUGAAAGAUCAAGAUCCAAAAUACAAUUCAUUCAAAGAUUAUUGGGGUGAUAUUGAACAAUGGACUCCUCAAUGUUCAAAGAGAGUGUUUGCAGUGAGAAACACUCGAGAUGUUGGUUGGGAUGACAAAAAUUUACAAAAGUAUUAUUGUGACUUGGCUCGUAAGGAGAGUGGACUCAAUGUCACCAUCAACGGAGUGCCACAGUUGAAGAAUGUGAUUCUCUUCACUCAUUCUCAAGGAGGUUUGGUCAUUUCAGCUGCUCUCAAGAACAAACUCUGCUCAAUUGAUGGUUUUUCUUCGAGUUGGUAUUCUGUUUCAACACCUUUCCAAGGAUCUGGAGUGGUUAGCAAGUUGAUUAAGUAUUGUUCUGCCUAUAAGGGACCUUUCAAUCCAUUGAGCAAAGAUUAUGUGUUUGGUUAUUUGGCAACCAAAUAUGGUUAUUGCAAUCAAAAAACUGGUCUUCCAUAUCCUGGUUACAUGUCUUUGGCUCCAAAUUAUGUGGCAAAGGAUGGUACCACCACAGCAACCCUGUACACAGUUCAAUUAUCGAGAACUUUGAAACCUGAAGGAAGAAUGUGUGGAACAAGUCCAAUUGGUAUCAUUUCCAAGUAUUCAUUUAUUUUGACUCUCUUGUCUGAAUCGACCAACAUUGCAAAUCCAAACGAUGGAAUGGUGGAGCAGUCCAGUUGUACCUCAUUGUGCACCCAAACCUACAAUGCUCUCUACACAUCGAAAUUCUAUCUUGCCAAUUUGAACCACGCUGACACUUCAUGCAGAAACGGUAAUGGUUGGUUCUCUCGAUCAAAACAACCAUGUUUAUACUAUAAGGGCAAAUUGUAA